CACACACCCUUUGUGUCUCAGAGCGCGAAACCUUGUUAUCCAGGCCCUGGAGCCCUUGCGAUGCGCCGCCUUACUAAACUCAUGCGGACAGAGCUUGAGGCUUCAGACAGAAAGAACAGCUCCGCGGCGGCGAUCAGUAGGACAUCAGCGUGGAGCUCAGCCGCGCUCAACGUACGGACAACGUGUAUAGCAGGCUCUCAGCUGGACUGGCCAUGGGCCUCGAACGUAGUUUUGAGUUCGUCGGAAAAGGCGUUCACGCUAGUCACUGAGUCCGCGAGCAUUAACGGCUGGGUAAUAACGGGCAGCAUUUGCGCUGUCUGCCGCCGCAGUAUCUCGUACCUGAAGCGCUGGCCGGCUAACGGCUACAGGCACCAGGCCAGUGGCCAGGCUCUCGUGGCUUCCGCAGAGAGUGGCUGCGCGCUGUGUUUCUGCAUCUUGGAAGCUUUUGGCAACGAGCAGCGGUUUGCGGACGUCUAUCGCGGCGCCUUUGACGGCAUGAUCUGGCUGAGGAGAAAGUAUGGCUCGCGAGCACUGGUCGCGUACUGCGAGCGGGAUAUCGGGGCCUUGCUAAAAAAGGACCAACAGUGUCUUUGUAAGGGCAGAAGCAAGAGCAAAGUGCGGAAUAGCACCGUUGAGUUUGCCGUCAGUCUGGUGACUUGGUGGGGCAGGCGGAGGCUUGUAUGGACGUCGCUGCGGCCGGGCAGGUCGAGGCUGCAAAUCGUCUCGAAAGAAACGCUUCCGCUUUCGCUCUCCAAGUCCGCUGUGCUUGCGUUUAUUGGGUCAGCCUUGUCAAACUGUUUACGGCAACACGGGUAUUGUCCAGCGUCUACGCAGGCAAGCCUACCCCAUAGGCUCGUCGACGUCAGCGAUUUCCAAAAACCGAAACUAUGGGUUAACAGCGCGGCGAAGAGCUCGAAGGGCGUGUAUACAGCUCUCAGCUACUGCUGGGGCCGCGAUGACUUCCUGAGACUGGAACCGGGCAAUAUCGAGGCGUGGAAGAACGGAAUCCCUCUGAGACGCUUGCCGCAGACACUGGUUGAUGCCAUUGAAAUUACCCGCGGUCUGGGCAUCCAGUUCAUUUGGAUAGACGCACUUUGUAUCCUCCAAGGCCCGUCAAUAGAAGCAAGGAACGACUGGGCGCGCCAGUCUGUCCUUAUGGAUGUUAUUUUCGGCAAUGCCGCAGUGGUGCUCGGCGCUGCGUCGUCUGCCAGCGCCACUGAUGGUAUCAUUUACGAGGACGCGCUUCUGCAGCAAAACAAUACAUUCAUAGAUACCCCGGCGUCUGCCAAGGACGCCACUCACACACCACCAGACCCGCUCUACACGCGCGGCUGGACCUUCCAAGAACGCCUGCUCGCAACGCGCUACGUGCAUCUCGGCCGCACGCACGUCUUCUUCGAGUGCAGCACAAGCAAGCAAUUCCUUCACCCCAACAGCGGCUCAGCGCCUUGCCUCCCACUCUGCCAAAAGAUCUCGCUCACCCCCUCCUACAGCGACUGGCACCGCCUCGUCGAAGACUUCAGCUCACGCACCCUCUCCUCGCCCACAGACCGCCUAAUCGCGCUAGCAGGCGUCGCGCAGCAGUUCCGCGCCCGCCUCGGCUUCGCCGCCGACUACGUCGCCGGGCUGUGGACGGCGAACCUGCCGCGCGACCUGCUGUGGGUUGCUGACACGCCUGCCCCGAACCUCGCCAUCGCCCCGUCUUGGUCCUGGGCCUCGUCUGCCGGGAAGGUGUCGUACAGCCGCCUCGAGGGCCACGCGUCUUGCGGCCCGCCCUGCGCCUCGGUCGUCCGCACCCGCGUGCUCGGCUUCCCGCACGCGUUUGGUCCGCGCGCGCAGGGCCGCUUGCGCGUCCGUGGCUAUCUGCGCAAGGUCUUUGUGCGCUGCGGCAGCAAACCGGGCGCGUUCCACAUCAUGGGCUUCAAACAUCACAACACCCUUACUGCUACACUUGACCUAGCUGCAACCUCAGCUAUCCCCGCCCACGCCCACGACACCACCUUCCGCGCCGGCAUAUGCAAAAUGGACACGCCCGACUGCGACAAAGUCCUCCCUUGCGCCGGGCCCCGCGUCGCGCGCUACGGCGUCGUCGCCUGGCACGACGUGUUUGAGGCGUGGGCGCUGGAACUGCAUCCCGGAAGGGGGUUGCUGCUAGCGCUGCGGGAGCGGGAGCGGGUGCGGGAGCGGGGGGGCGAGGCUGAGACUAGGAAUGUGUUUGGGAGGGUGGGAUAUUUUGAGGUUUUUGGGGGUGGGAUGGGCUGGGAGGGGGGGCCUGGCUGCGAAAAGGGGCCAGGGUGGGAGAAGAGGUCCCAGGCUGAGAGGAUGGCGGUGAGCGACCCGUUGGCUGUGAGGGCUUUGCUGGAGAGGGACCCGUUUGGCUGGAUGCUGCGCGCGAGGGCUUUUGGUGAUAGGGGGUUGGUCGAUGAGUGGUUUGGGUGGAGGGAUAGGGUGGUUACGCUUGUGUGAGUGGUGGUGGUGUUGUGGCAUUUGGCUUUUUUGUUUCAUUUGUUGACGUGCUCUUUAUUAGGUUUUAUUAUGUACAUACGUGGAAGUAAUAUAUAUAUAUAUAAAUUUAAACAAACAGAAAUCGAUUUUGCCAC